GGGGGGAAGCACUUUACAGAUUCACUUUCGGUUUGCAUUAUGUUCACAAUAGGACUUAGAGGUGUGGUCCUCAGUCUGAUCUCUGCAGAGUCUGAACCUCAGCUGCUCUGACUCGUUUACUGUUCGUUUGUCUUCAGGACUUUAGCUCCGGUUAUUAGGAGUUCACCAGGUUUCAGGUCUGUUCUUCAGUAACAGACACGGAGGUGGUUCGUUCUCACAGGAUGAAAGAAAGAUGUCUGUGUUCAAGUCUCUGGUUGUGUUGAUCCUCUUCAUGUGGACUCUCACCACAGCAGAUUCGCAGUCAGAUCAUUUCUGUCGCUGCAGUUUCCUCUCAAUGGGAGGAGCCUCCAGUGAAAUUUAAAGUGUUCAGACUCGUUCUAACUUCAAGGAGCAGACGGAGGAGACGUGAAGUCUGAGGCUGUUUUCUACUUGUGGACUUUAGAGAGAAGAAGAUUCAGGAUGAACUUCUGUCAGUGAAUCAACAGUUUGACUCGACGCUGUGAUUGGCUGAGUCCAACACAUUAAACCUACAACUGUCUCAGGUUACGUGACAACAGGGACCCAGUACUGAAGAUGAGUGGUUAUGAGGAGGAAGAGGACAGAGCAGCGUCUCCAGGGUUCAGCUGUGUGUCUCUGAAGAGUGACUGGUCCAUGUUUGAGCCUCCAUGCUUCAGUAAAGAACCUGGACCCUCACACACAAAAGGUCAGGACCACAGACUGAGAGCAGAGUCUCCAGGGUCCAGCUGUCUGUCUCUGAAGAGUGACUGGUCCAUGAGUCAGCCUCCACUCUUCAGUAAUGAACCUGGACCCUCACACACAGAGGAGAGGAAGAGGAGUCAUGUUUCUGAGGAGGAGCAGUCGUCCUGCUGUGCUUCGUGUCAGGACGUCCUGAAGGAUCCAGUCUCCACCAGCUGUGGACACUGGUUCUGCAGACAGUGCAUCACCUCAUACUGGGACCAGUCUGGCUCUUCAGGAGACUCCUCCUGUCCCCAGUGUGGACAAAGAUCCAGAACAGGAGCUGGAGGUCAGACAGCCGAUCGUGGUCUGCAGGAGGUUUCAGAUGAACAGAAGCUCAGUGUGAGGAGGAGAUGUGAACAUGUGACUGAAGGAAGUGAUGAAACAGGAAGUAGAACCCUCCUCAACAGGAUCUACACUGAGCUCUACAUCACAGAGGGACAGAGUGAAGAGGUUAAUACUCAACAUGAGGUGAGGCAGCUUGAGACGGCUUCCAAGAUGAAGAUCCUCCAGGACACUCCCAUCAAGGUCCACGACAUCUUUAAAGCCUCCACUGACCAGCAGAGCAGCAUCAGAGUCGUCCUGACCAACGGCGUCGCUGGCGUUGGAAAAACCUUCUCGGUGCAGAAGUUCACUCUGGACUGGGCAGAGGGUUCAGAGAACCAGGAUGUGGGUCUGCUGGCUGUGCUUUCGUUCAGGGAGCUGAACCUGGUGAAGGACCAGCAGCACAGUCUUCUCACGCUGCUCCAUGUUUUCCAUCCAGCGUUACAGAAGCUCACGGCAGAGACGCUCGCUGUCUGUAAACCUUUGUUCAUCUUUGACGGCCUGGAUGAAAGCAGACCUUCUCUGGACUUCAACCACAGGGAGCUUGUGUCUGAGGUCACACAGAGGUCAUCAGUCAACGUGCUGCUGACAAACCUCAUCCGGGGGAAUCUGCUUCCCUCGGCUCUCGUCUGGAUAACCUCCAGACCUGCGGCGGCCAAUCAGAUCCCUCCUGCAUGUGUUGACAGGGUCACAGAAAUACGAGGCUUCACUGAGGUCCAGAAGGAGGAGUACUUCAGGAGGAGGUUCAGUGAUGAAGAGCUGUGCAGCAGAAUCAUCUCACACAUCAAGACGUCCAGGAGCCUCCACAUCAUGUGUCAAAUCCCAGUCUUCUGCUGGAUCAGUGCUACAGUUCUGGAGCACAUGUUGACCACAGACCAGAGAGGAGAGCUGCCCAAGACCCUGACUGACCUGUACUCACACUUCCUGCUGGUUCAGACAAAGAGGAAGAACAUCAAGUACGGUGAGGGACAUGAGACGACUCCACAGCAGCUGACGGAGGCUGACAGGGACGUUCUCCUGAAGCUGGGGAGGCUGGCACUUAAACAUCUGGAGGAAGGAAACAUCAUGUUCUACCAAGAAGACCUGGAGCGGUGUGGUCUUAAUGUCACAGAGGCCUCGGUGUACUCAGGAGUUUGUACUGAGAUCUUCAGAAGAGAGUGUGUGAUCUUCAAGAAAUCAGUCUACUGCUUUGUUCAUCUGAGCGUUCAGGAGUUUCUGGCUGCAGUCUACAUGUUCCACUGUUACACCGAGAGGAACACAGAAGAACUCAACAACUUCUUAGGAACAUAUGGGAACCCAGACAGUACCUUCUCCCUGGAUGACCUCCUGAAGAGAACCAUGGAGAAAUCCCUCACCAGUACAAAUGGUCAUCUGGACCUGUUUGUUCGCCUCCUUCACGGCAUCAGUCUGGAGUCCAACCAGAGAGUCUUAGGAGGCCUGCUGGGUCGGACAGACAACAAUCCAGAGAACAAUCCAGAGAACAAUCCAAAGAACAAUCCAGAUAUCAUCCAGAGAGUCUUUGGAGGCCUGCUGGGUCGGAGAAAGAACAAUCCAGAGAAGAAUCCAGAGAACAAUCCAAAGAACAAUCCAGAUAUCAUCCAGAGAGUCUUUGGAGGCCUGCUGGGUUGGAGAAAGAACAAUCCAGAGAAGAAUCCAGAGAAGAAACUAGAGAACAAUCCAGAGAUCAGCCAGAGAGUCUUAGGAGGCCUGCUGGGUCGGACAGAGAACAAUCCAGAGAUCAUCCAGAGAGUCAUCAACAACCUGAAGGAGAUGAAGAGUGAUGACAUUUCUCCUGACAGAAGCAUCAACAUCUUCCACUGUCUGACUGAGAUGAACGACCACUCAGUUCAUCAGCAGAUGAAACAGUUCCUGACGUCAGAGAACAGAUCAAAGGAGAAACUCUCUGGGAUCCACUGCUCAGCUCUGGCCUACAUGCUGCAGAUGUCAGAGGAGGUUCUGGAUGAGUUGGACCUGAAGAAGUUCAACACAUCAGAACAGGGUCGACAGAGACUGAUCCCAGCUGUGAGGAACUGCAGGAAGGCUCUACUCAGUUGGUGUCGACUCUCAGAGACUCACUGUGAAGUCGUGGCCUCAGCUCUGAAGUCAGACCCCUCACAUCUGAGAGAACUGGAUCUGAGUUACAACAAGCUGCAGGAUUCAGGAGUGAAGCUGCUGUGUUCUGGACUGGAGAGUCCAAACUGUCGACUGGAGACUCUGAGGUUGUAUAACUGCAGUCUGUCAGAGAUCAGCUGUUCUUCUCUGGCUUCAGCUCUGAGGUCAAACCCCUCUCAUCUGAGAGAACUGGAUCUGAGUAGAAACAACCUGCAGGACUCAGGAGUGAAGGAGCUGUGUGGUUUUCUACAGAGUCCAACCUGUCGACUGGAGACUCUGAGGUUGAUUCUCUGCAGUCUGUCAGAGAUCAGCUGUUCUUCUCUGGCUUCAGCUCUGAGGUCAAACCCCUCUCAUCUGAGAGAACUGGAUCUGAGCUACAACAGAGACCUGCAGGACUCAGGAGUGAAGGAGCUGUGUAGUUUUCUACAGAGUCCAACCUGUCGACUGGAGACUCUGAGGUUGAUGAACUGCAGUCUGUCAGAGAUCAGCUGUUCUUCUCUGGCUUCAGCUCUGAGGUCAAACCCCUCUCAUCUGAGAGAACUGGAUCUGAGAGGAAACCACCUGCAGGACUCAGGAGUGAAGGAGCUUCUUGAUCUACAGCAGAGUUCAACCUGUCGACUGGAGACUCUGAGGUGGGAGUCUGAGUGGAGGACAGUGUGAAGAGGACAGUGUGUGUGGACGGAGGCUGAGCUGUGUCCUGAGGAUCCAGAGGCUGAAGCAGCAGCAGCUUGUGUGUAGAGCGGCUCUGACUGGGCCUUGUUACUGGGAGGCAGAGUGGAGACAGAGCUCCAGAGGAAUCAGAGGAGGUGGUUGUAAUAUGUAACUUCACCACUAGAUGGCCCUCCACACCGAUUGUGUUUAUUCACAUGAAGAAUGUGUUUAUUGAAAUGACACAACACAAGCAGAAUAUAUAAACCCUCUAUAAAGAGUCACAUACAGUGUGUUUAAGUUUGUCUUUAUUAUUGUCCACCUUUGUCCCUCAGUGUGUCUCCAUGUGUGUAGAACCACAUUCUGUGUACAUGUUUGUUUAUGAUCUUAAAGUUCCUGGAUUCACGUCACAAAUUGAUUUAGUUCAACACAAAGUUCAACACAUUGAAAUCACUUUGAGUUUAAAAUCAGAGUUUUGUCUUUGACACAAAAGAUCAAAACUCUGGACUUAAAAAUGGGACGUUUUCAUUUGUGCAUCAGGUGCAGAGCGGUGGUGGCUUUUCUACUUUUGACCCACAGGUGGCGCUGCAGUAUAACAGCAGCACAUCCCAGUCAAAGCCUUUAUAUUCAGUCUAUGAGUCAAACACAUGGAUCAUUUCCUCUGUGACAAACCAGAUGUAACGAGAAGAAAAACAUCUCAGAGAGAAAAGUUCUGUUUCUACUUGUCUCUGCUUUAAUGCUCAAUAAACAUCCUUCCACCGA